AUGAACAACCCCACACCAGGGACCAUUGAAAACCUGCUCAACGACGAAAAUAUUACGCGUCCACUUAAACUUCAAAUUAUACAAGUGCAUUACGUUGGAUUGCAAGUAUACGUGCAGUUCGGGAUUAGCGGACCGCCGCAAAAAACGUCAUUGGUUACAUUGUCGGAUGGCGAUAAAACUAUGCAAGCCAGUUUUCCAUGUGUGGUUAUUGAGAAGGCUACAGAUAUGGCGUUGUUUAAACAGUAUUUGAUUAUUAAUAUUAAAGAUUAUAUAUUUGGUAAUCCUGGUCGCGGCAACCCUAUGAAACCAAUGUUGGUGAAAGAAUUUGAUGUGCUUGAGAAUCCUGGUCAUCGAAUUGGAAAUCAAGAUCUGAGCGCAGACUUUGGCUCCUCCAACAUGCUUCAGCAACCACAUCAAAAUAUGCAACAGCCUCCUCGACAAAUGAUGGCACAGCAACAUCAAAUGCAUCAGCAACAACAGCCAUUUUCUCAAAAUUCCUCUUCAUAUAUGAUGCAAAAUGUUCAAAACGACGACGAAGCUCCAUUUCAAAUGGCCAAUAACACGCGUACAAAUUCCAAUAAAAUGGUUAAUGACACCAAACGUGAUCAUCCUUCUUUCUUUCCCAUCAGUGCGCUUAAUCCCUAUCAAAAUAAAUGGGUUAUAAAAGCUCGAGUGAUAAAAAAAUCCGAGAUUAGAACUUGGCAUAAUCAAAAAGGUGACGGAAAGAUUUUCAGCUUCAACAUCAUGGACCAUUCGGGUGAGAUUAAAGUUGUCGCUUUCACCGAUACAUGUGAGAAGUUCUAUGAACUAAUCCAAGAGAAUAAUGUGUACACGAUAAGCAACGCAAGAGUUCAAACUUCCAGAUCCAGAUCUUUCGAUUCGACUAACGAUUACGAAAUUCAUUUGGAAAAAAAUACUAAUAUUACUCCAUGUCAAGAAGAAUCUUCGGUGCCAACUAUUCAAUAUAAUUUCACUACAUUAGACAAAUUAAACGAUUGUGAUAAAGAUGACGUGAUUGAUGUUAUUGGUAUUGUCAAGGAAGAUCUCGGCGUUUCUGAAGUAUAUUCUAAAAAAACUCAAAAGAGUAUUAUAAAACGUGAGCUUCUAAUAGUCGAUCAAACUCUUACCUCAGUAAAAUUUGCAAUGUGGGGAAAACCGGCAGAGGAUUUUAAGGGAGAGGGUAAUCCGGUGCUGGCAGCAAAAAAAGCUCGAGUUGGAGAUUUUCAAGGCCGCAAUCUUUCACUUUACGCAAACAGUAUUUAUCAAAUUAAUCCAGACAUCCCAGAAACUCGAGCAUUGCGCAAUUGGUUCUCGUCGCUUACUCAACAAGAAACUUUCCAGACUCUUUCCAACUCAACGUCCGGCUCUUUUGGAAACUUGGAAAGAAAAACGAUCGCACAAAUAGUGGGUGAUCCUCAGAUAGGCAGAGGCGACAAGCCAGAUUAUUUUUCGGUAAAAGCCACAAUCAGCUAUGUGGACGAAAAAAAAACUUGGUAUUAUCCGUCGUGCCCCAAUUGCAAAAAAAAGGUUAUCGAUAACGGAGACAACUUCUGGGCAUGUGAUAAAUGCCAAGGUGAUCCUAUUCCACAACCUAAAUACCGGUAUAUCUUCACUUUCGGUGUGUCAGAUUCAACCGGUCAGAUGUGGAUGGCAACGUUCAAUGAAACAGCUGUGAAGAUUCUCGGCGUGGAAGCUGACGAAAUGUAUGAACUGUCCGUGAACGACGAGAGUGCCUUUGAAGAAGCAUUUAAGUCGAUGCAAUUCAAACAGUUUGUGUUUUCUUUCCGUGCUAAAAGUGAGUACUAUCAAGAUACGGAGCGGAUGAAGUAUACCCUUGCUGAUGUCCACCCACUCGAUUUUGUCGCUGAGGGAAAUACCUUGUUAGAGCAAAUAAAUCAAUAUGAAUUCUAG